AUGGAUAAUCGUCGACAAGAUUUCGCUAUUGCCGAAGAGCGACGACACCAAGAUGCCAAACUAGCUAAUGAAACGCAUCUAACUAACAUAGCCAUUGCCAACGAUCAGCAGAAAGAGACGAUUCUUGUUCAAUAUCUUGAUUUUCUUGUUAAUCAACUGGCCACGAAUGGUAUGGACCUUAAUGGAAGUCUCUCGACUCGUCAAAUCGUCAGAAUAAAAACACUUGCUGCUCUGCAACAAUUGAAUUCAAAACGAAAAGCAUUCAUCAUUCGUUCGCUCUACGAAUCAGGCUUGAUUAGCAAAUCGCCUCCUGAUGGACUCUCACUCUCGUCUGCCGAUAUGACAGGACUUGAUCUCGGCUUAGAGCAACGGGAGACAACGGAAAGAGCUUAUUUUCGAUGUUUGAAUCUUCGACAAACUGUGCUGACACAAUCGUCUUUUCGAUAUCUUAUCUUGAGUGGUGCAGAUUUUCAGCGAGCUCAAAUGGAUAACUGUGACUUCUCGGCUUGUGUUGCCUACCACGUAGGUGAGUCUAGAUAA